AUGAACUCUCUCAAUAUUCUCUCGGCUCGAGUCUCCCCGCCGUCGACGCCCGUCGCCUCACGAUCAAAUUCCCUGAGCCACGUUGGCUUAGUAUCCUCGGCCGACGAGGAGAAUGACCAACCCGGAGGAGGCGUCUACGAUGGGGAUAAAGCGACGACCAUCACGGCCGAGCCAGACGAGUACCACAAUAGCCGCGACCCCGAAAUUGCCGACGAGAACACGCCUUUGGUAGAGAAAAGCGAAACGAAAGACGCCAAUGUGCGAUCUUCUCUCUGGCAUGUUCUGCCGCGGCGCAUAGCAAACAGCUUCGUUAAUUCCCUGCGCUGGGUUCUGUCUACCAUCGCUGCACCUGGUGUCUAUCUGAUUGCAUGCUUCUACGAUGAACGAGGGAACUUUGCACCCUUGCGACAACUGCGGAAUCUCUUUGGGACAUAUGGCGCCGACACACGCAAGUUUGCUACCGAGUAUCAUGAAAACGUGUCGCACCACGACGAGAAGUAUGGCUCUACCCGGCGCGCCGGCCAAGGCUCCAGGGGCAAGCAUGGUUUCACAGCCAUGCGGCCUGCUGUUUCGUCCGGAUCCUCAUCGUCGGGCAUGUCUUCUGAGUCAGAGUCCGAUAUGACGAGCAGGAGCGAUGCCAACAGCCAGCGCUCCGGAGCUGCCGGUCGUCAUACCCGUUCCAAGUCACUGCAGCCCGCCGAGGAGAUCGCGCCAGCGAGGAGGUCAAUAAGAAUCAAACUCCACAGCGACGAUGCCCUGCGCCAGCGGAAGCAUAGGAAGUCCCAGUCUGCCAACGUCAGUGCCAAGGGCGAGCUUUCAACUCCGGAAUUGUCGGCCCAACUCAAGUCGCCCACAUCGCCUGCGGGUGCCUUGACCCGAUAUCCGAAAACCCCUGCUCCUCCGCGACCACUCAUACCGCGGCGGCAGCCAUCAUACAUUCCAUAUGAAAGCGGAGAUCCGAAACACCUCAAGACCUUGAUACUAGACCUUGACGAGACUCUAAUACACAGCAUGUCCAAGGGAGGGAGAAUGGGCUCCGGACACAUGGUCGAGGUGCGGCUGAACACGACGUACGUAGGUGCGGGAGGCCAACAGAGCCUGGGGCCUCAGCAUCCUAUUUUGUACUAUGUUCAUAAGCGGCCGCACUGCGACGAAUUUCUGCGCAAGAUUUCCAAAUGGUACAACCUCGUCAUCUUCACAGCUUCCGUACAAGAGUACGCUGAUCCCGUCAUCGACUGGUUGGAGUCGGAGAGGAAGUUCUUCACCGGAAGAUACUACCGACAACAUUGCACCUUUAGACAUGGGGCAUUUAUCAAGGACCUGAGCUCAGUAGAACCAGAUCUCAGCAAGGUCAUGAUUCUGGACAAUAGUCCCUUGAGCUACAUGUUCCACCAAGACAAUGCCAUUCCAAUCCAAGGCUGGAUCAGUGACCCCACCGACAACGAUCUUUUGCAUCUUGUCCCUCUGCUAGAGGGCCUUCAGUAUGUUUCGGAUGUCAGGGCCUUAUUGGCACUACGGGGAGGGGAAGACGGGACAUAA